AUGGCUAGCAACAAGGCACGCGAAGAUGAACGUGCAGGAGCAGAAAUUAUGUAUGGAGAUGAAGCGUGUUAUCGUCAAUCCGUAGAGCUCCUUGAAGAGCUUGGAUUCCCCAGAGGUGUCCUCCCUCUCAAGAACCUUGAAGAGUGUGGACGAAUUCGCGAAACUGGUUUUGUGUGGAUGAAACAAAAGGCUCCAUAUGAGCACUUCUUUGAUGGGACUAAUACCCUGGUGAGUUAUGCCACUGAGGUAACUGCCUACGUAGAGAAGUUCAAAAUGAAAAAGAUGACUGGAAUUAAGAGCAAGCAGAUCCUUUUAUGGGUACCCAUUGUUGAGAUGAGCAUGGAAGGCCCUGCUAGCAAGAAAAUUCAUUUCAAAACUCCAGUGGGCAUUGGAAGAUCUUUUCCAAUCACUGCGUUCAUGACUGAAGAGGAAAAACACAAGUAUCUGGAGAAAGGCAAUAAAUGA